AUGGGAUCUCCUCUCACUGCAGUCAAGAUCCGCCGGUUUCAGCUAAAGUUCUCCUCGGAUCGCGAGUUCUAUACAGCUCUGGCAAUUCUGAGCGAUAUCAGGUGUCCAUUCUCAGAGUCGAAUGUUGGCUCGUCGCAGCUCGCUCGAAGACCGACAUCAUCACAAUGGCAUUCCGGCUCAGUACCGUCUAACCUAGGCAUUAGAGAACCCUUCACCUCCAGCGCGAGCGCAGCCGUGUUCCCAGUAGUAUCAUCCGCUUCUGCAUCAGGAAGUGCAUCUAGCAUCACGGCCGCAUCUUCAUUGCCUCCAUCUUCGGCUGGUACGGCUCCAACAACAGCUCCAGAUCCAAAUAAAACAAGAUCGACCACCACUUAUACCGAACUGGAAGCUAGACAACCCCAAGGAACCAUACAACUACACAUCGAGGAGGAGACUACAGCCGACGCCCCAAGUGCUACUCCCAAGCCGUCCACCACAGCAGCCCGCCACGACAUCAGGACGCUGAACCAACUCCUCCCGCCAAAAAGGGAGUUACCCUUCUCAAAGCCGCCAGCGAAAAGAUCCCGCACAACAGCAAAGGAACCCUCCACCACGUCUCAAACGCACGGCGCAGGUGACCAGAUCCCUACAAACACCGAAAGCGACGCCGCAGCACCACCACCCUCGAGUCGGGCCCCAAAAAAGCCAACUCCAAGGAGAAAAGCCGCUCAGAAUACGACACCGGGUCCGCUGCAUCGUUCAACCACUUCCAUCCCACCGCUGACCCUGAUUGAGGAGCCGCCUACUCAACCCAUCCAGUCUAUAAGCUCCCUCGCGCUACCCGCCACCAUACCCGGGGCUCAGCAACUGAGCACGGAGCAACAACACCCCACAGUCCGCAUACACGGACAGCAACCCAUGUUUGAAAGCAAUGAUAAUACAGUGCACCAGCGCGGCCAACAACACGACCCUACCCCGGCCGACCUCUCCUCGUAUCUUUCUGCGCCUACACACGAGCGCACGGCACGACUGGAGAACUGGAUCUGUCAAAAUAUCGAGAAUGAUGGGUUUAUUAAACUUUGUCAGGAUGUAGAGGGUAUAUGGAGGCGGAUUGCGUUUGGGAGUUGA